GCGCACUUCACUUUGGGACAGCCUUCGUCGCGCCGCUGUGACGCGAUCGCACUUCAAAUGCGCACUCCGGAUUGUGCGCACGUCACUUUGAGACACAGCCUUUGGUUUUACAGUCAGCAUCGAGACAAGGGAUUAUUGGUCCUCGUCGACGCGUUGUGAAACUCGUGCCACUGUGUCACUGUCUGAAGCCAUGAUGCGCUUAUCAACGCUGUUUAUCGUUGUCCUCUGCUUCUAUCAAGUUCACUCCAAUCCCCUGCAGAAGAAUUCUGAUGCAGAAGAGGGUACAACUGUUUCACCGAGCACAGCUGCAAAUGAGCUUCAAAGUAAUGAAGGAGAUGCUUCAAUUAUAAAGGAUCAAGAUAACAGCAUUGUUAAAAACAUAAAUGAAGAACCGAAGAGCCCACCUGCCAGCAAUAAAGACAAUAAGGAAGAUGGCCCUGAAAUUCCUGAAAAAACGAAUAAAGCAAGCGAUGAAAAGAGUGUAACCACAACUGAAGAUGUUAAAGAAACCCCCGCCCCAGAGAUUGCUAAAAAAGAUGAAGGUGGAUCAAAAAAUGAAGGAAAUGAAGACGUGAAGACAGAUGCCCAAGAUGAAACAAACAAGCAAAAAAACAACAAUGAAUCUGAAGGAGCUGCAUCAAAAGAAGAGUCUGAAGAGAAGACGACCACAGCAGGACAAAAUAAAGUAGAUGAUGGACAAGCAGGCACUAAACCUGCUGAAGACAGUGGAAAACAACCAAAAGAUGAUGAAACUGGUCAAGAGGUGCAAAAAAGUGACAAGAAGCUGACCACAGCUGACCAAAACGAAGAGCCUGAAGACGACGACAACAGCCCUGAUCCUUCUGAAGAUGAUGGAGAUGACACAGAGAAGUCACCUCGACCUGAGAUGCCUACUGAAGAUGAAGACGAUGAUGAAGAUACGGUUGAUGAACCUUUAAAUGAACAGGACACAUUUAAAGGCCAAACAGAAAAGAAGGACAAUAAAGCGAACGUUUAUCAACAAGAGGAGAAUACAGAGAACAGCCACUUCUUUGCCUAUCUGGUGUGUGCCGUUAUACUGGUGGCUGUGCUGUAUAUCGCCAGUCACAACAAGCGCAAGAUCAUUGCCUUCGUCGUUGAGGGCCGGAGAUCAAAAGGCACACGGAGACCCAAGACAUCUGAUUACCACAAACUCGACCAGAAUUGAGGAAACCCAGUCAGAUGAGUCAGCGGUGGAUGAAUCUAAAUAUUUCAACUGUGAUUUUGAAACUUGAAUAAUCCAUAAUGAGACAUAUAUCACCACUCAGCGAAACUGUCACUAACUCAUCCAAAAUUAUAUUAAUAAUGACAAAUUGUCACCCAUCCGUAGCAUGUCAGGUAUAUGAAAACAAUGUCUCUCGUAGUUCUAAAAUGUCUGGGGUCAGGAUCUUCAGUCAGGUUUAGCGUGUUUACGAACACUGCGGUACAUUUUGUUCUGUGGCCUCUCGUUCGUUUUAAUUUCCGAGCCUUUUUUGUUAGUUGCGUGGUUGCUUUUGCUUUUUUUUUUUCUUGUUCUCAAUUUAUUGCUGGGCGAAAUGUGUAAUACAGAAGGAACCGAUAUGUAUAUUUUUGAAAGUAAAUGUUGGCUGCUCUUGAUGUUUUAUGGGAGAUUGGGAAUGAUUGAG